CAGCACGAUGUGGACCUUCAGCCUGCUCCUCUUCUGGGGUUGGCAGCCCUGGUCAACACAGGCUGAUUUUGGUUCUUCUGACUGGUCAGUGAACAGUGGUGCUGUGGAUCCUGCCUCAACCUCAGGAACUCCAAAUACGAAUGAGUGUUGGGACACCACCACGUGUCCAGCUUAUGCCACCUGCACCAACACUGUGGGAAGUUACUACUGUACUUGUAAACGAGGCUUCCUGUCCAGCAACGGACUGACGCAGUUCAGAGGCCCAGGGGUGGAAUGCAAAGAUGUAGAUGAAUGUUCUUCAAGUCCCUCAAAAUGUGGUCCUAACUCAGUCUGCAAAAACCUGCCGGGGAGGUACAAGUGCAGCUGCUUGCCUGGUUUCUCUUCUCCCACUGGGGAUAACUGGAGCCCGGAAAAGCCCGGUCAUUUCUCCUGUACAGACAUCGAUGAAUGCCUCGACAGCGGAGUCUGCCCAGAGCAUUCUGAGUGUGCCAACUCUUUGGGAAGCUACAGUUGCCACUGCCAAGAUGGAUUCAUCUUUAACAACUCUCUCUGUGAAGAUGUGGAUGAAUGUGCCGAUCCCAGAGCUUGCCCGGAGCAUGCGACCUGCCACAACAGUUUUGGAAGCUACUCUUGUGUCUGCAACUCAGGAUUUGAAUCCAGCAGUGGAAACAGGAGUUUCCAUGGCCCAGGAGGAAUGUGUGAAGAUGUGGAUGAAUGUUCCAGAAACUCGACUCUUUGUGGUCCCAAUACUGUCUGCACCAACAUCGCAGGAGAGUACAGUUGUUCCUGCCUGCCUGGGUUCAUUUCGCCUGAGUUUUGGACCCCCAAACAACCAGAGGCUUUCAAAUGUACAGAUAUUGAUGAGUGCCUGGAUAUGUGCCCUUUCAAUGCAACAUGCACCAAUACCCUUGGGAGCUACUUUUGUACCUGUCACCCUGGCUUUGCACCAAGCAAUGGACGGCUGAACUUCACAGAGCAAGAGGUGGAAUGUGGAGAUAUUGAUGAGUGUGUGCAAGAUCCAUCACCAUGUGGCCCCAAUUCUGUCUGCACCAAUGCCCUGGGCUCCUACAGCUGUGGCUGCAUUGUGGGCUUUCGCCCCAACCCGGAAGGCUCCUGGAAAUAUGGCAACUUCAGCUGCAAACGAGUUCCCUUCAAGUGUAAAGAAGAUGUGAUCCCCAACAAUAAACAGGUCCUGCUAUGCCAAGUGGAAACAGCAGUGGAGCCUGAGGAUGUUUCGUUUUGUGCACUCAUGAAUGCCACCUUCAGCGUUCUGGAUGAGACCUGUGCAAAUAAAACCACUGCCGUUUCUCUGAAGAGUACAGCUGAGAGCUUUGCCUCUGUGCUCGAACAAACAUCCACGUGGUCCAACUUCACCAAAGAUGAGACAUCCACGCUGGCCACUGUCUUACUGGAGAGUGUGGAAAGCACCGCUUUGGCAGCUUUUCUGAAACCCUCAACGAACGGCAGUCAGACUGUUCGGACGGAGCACUUGGAUAUUGAGAGCAAAGUUAUCAAGGAAGAAUGCGCUGAAGAGAAUGUGACCUUUAACUUGAAAGCCAAAGGGGAUGAGAUGAAGAUCGGCUGUUCCACAAUUGAAGAAUCUGAAUCCAUAGGAACCACUGGCGUGGCUUUUGUCUCCUUUGCGGGUAUGGAGUCUGUGAUCGAUGAGAGCUUCUUCCAAGACCCUCAGACCCCCUUGACCAACUCCAAGAGGAAGCUGAAGAUGAAUUCUCGCAUCAUAGGGGGCAUCAUGACGGGGGAGAAGAAAGAUGGGUUCUCUGACCCAGUCAUCUACACCCUGGAGAACAUCGAGCCAAAGCAGAAGUUUGAGAGGCCCAUCUGUGUUUCCUGGAGCACAGACGUGGGGAGCGGUAGGUGGACACCAUCUGGCUGUGUGGUCCUUGAAGCUUCAGAGAUGUAUACCGUCUGCAGCUGUAAUCGACUGGCGAACCUGGCCAUCAUCAUGGCUUCCGGGGAGCUCACGAUGGACUUCUCCUUGUACGUCAUUAGCCUCAUGGGCAUGAUCAUCUCCCUGGUGUGUCUCCUCUUGGCCAUCGCCACUUUCCUGCUGUGUCGUGCCAUCCGCAACCGCAACACCUACCUCCACCUGCACCUCUGCGUGUGCCUCUUCUUGGCCAAGUUUCUCUUCCUCACCGGUGUAGACAAGACCAACAACCAGAUAGGCUGCGCCAUCAUCGCGGGCUUCCUGCACUACCUUUUCCUCGCCUGCUUCUUCUGGAUGCUGGUGGAGGCCGUGAUGCUGUUCCUCAUGGUCAGGAACCUGAAGGUGGUGAAUUACUUCAACUCCCGCAAUGUCAAGAUGCAGUAUCUCUGUGCCUUUGGCUACGGGCUCCCAGGGCUGGUGGUGGUUGUCUCGGCCAGCGUGCAGCCGCAGGGCUACGGGAUGCAUAAUCGCUGCUGGUUGAAUACCGAGACAGGGUUUAUCUGGAGUUUCCUGGGGCCGGUUUGCACAAUCAUACUGGUAAGCAAAUUGCUUGGUGCUGUGGGUUCUGGAGGAGGGACCUGAACCGAGGGGCCAGUGGAGGUUGCAGAGCUGAGGUCACAUAUUCCUCUCCCUUCUGAUCCUUGAUUCUUGAGAUUUCCAAGUUGGAA